AUCAGUUCAGAAAACCCAUUGCGCUGAUUCAGACCCAAAGCUAUGGUGCUCCGAUCUUCUAUUGCAUUGUACCUCUGCGGAGUGUUAUUAUCCAGAUGCUGGGCGAAGCCCAAGCUGCACUUCGGCAGCUGUCGAGGAUCGGGCCAGUGCCGCCUCGCUGAGGACUGCCUGGCGGAGCCGGGUUUUGUCCAAUCCGAGGACUCCUCCGAGUGCUUCAACACGGUCUGCUGCGUAAGGCGCCAGACGGAGUACUCGCAGUCGGUUGAGAACUACUGCCGCCACGACCUGAAGCCGCACAUUUCGAAUGGCGAGGUCACCAAGGUCCGGGAGUUCCCUUGGAUGGCCAUGUUGCUGUACGGCCACAUGCUGGAGCCCAAGUGCGGCGGCUCCCUGGUGAGCCACAGGUGGGUCCUGACCGCCGCCCAUUGUGUGCCGCGGCAUGACUACGACAAGCAACUGCGUCUCGUUCGCCUGGGGGUGUGGGAUGUGCGGCAGGCGGGGGACUGCCAGGGGCUGGCGGACUGCGCACCGCCUCCCCAGGACUUUCCCAUUGCGAGGAGCAUAGUUCACGAGCUGUACCGACCCGCCGAGUCGACGGGCACCAGCCUGGAGAAGCACACCCACGACAUUGCCCUGCUGCUGCUCACCCGGAACGUCACCUACUCGGAGUUCGUGCAGCCCAUCUGCCUGCCCUCGCUGAGCAGUCCCGCGCGCGGGGAUGGCUAUGUGGACUACAGCCUGACCAUCGCCGGAUGGGGUCGCACCAGCGAACUGACCCCGGACACCAGUCCUGUGAAGAUCAAGGCCCGGGUAAGUGGCUGGUCGCGGGACAGAUGCAAGAAGCUCUACAAGGACGUGGGAGAGGGCCAGAUGUGCGCCGGCGGCGGUGCCUCCAGGAAGGGCAGCUGCUUCGGCGACUCCGGCGGCCCGGUGAUGGACGGCAAACGGCUGGUGGGCAUCGUCUCGCUGGGCGAGUCCAGGUGCGGGUCCGACCGGGGACCCAUGGUCGUCACGCGGGUGGAGUCCUACGUCGCCUGGCUGGAGCACCACCUGCUGGCGCCCCCCACGAAGACCAAGCCCGCACAACUUUUCAACACUUUCAUUAGGAAAGUUUUCAGCUAGUGUGUGGGAUUGGAAAGUCUUUGCAACAAAUCAAAAUCUGUGCCAACACAUGGGUCUCUUAGUACUUCUUUAUUAGUACUUAUUAGUACUUCUUACAAUUUUUUUAUAAAUGUAUUCUUAAUUUUUUAAAACUUUAGCCAAUUUUAAAUAAUAAAUGUAAUCAAUUAACCGAUAAAUUGUAUAAUUGCACCGCAAACAA